AUGCCGAAUAAUUCGAAUCAGUCUUCCAAGCGCAGAAAGCAGGGACAAUGGACUCAGUCGCAGCGCAAAAGCACUGAUAUCGAAGCUGGGGAUGUAGGGAUUUUUGUGACUUGUGACAUUGGCAGAGAAAGCAAAUGUGUCGCCGAGAUUACAGACAUCCUCACACAGGUCCUUGAUAAUGAUGCCGAGUCAGAGGAUGAAGACUCUGAUGACGACGAUGCAGACAUUGAAGAGCAAAUCCGCAGAGAACUCGAGAGCCUGCAGGCAAGUCAGAAAAAGACACGUCCAGUUCAAGCUAUGCAGCUAGACAUACCCUGUGUGGUCUUUGCACGGUUCAACGAUAAGUCGGUUGAUCCUGUGAAAAUUGUCCACGAGCUGUGUCUCGAUGCACAGGCCAACAAGGACACCAAGAAGAGCCGAUACAUCAAGCGUUUGACUCCUAUCACAAUGGUUAAAAAAACCCUUAGUGUGGAUCUUGAAGCCUUCGCCAAAGAGGUCCUUAAGCCGCACUUCCAUUCAGGAGGGCCACCAAAGAAGUACGCUAUCAGGCCUACAUGUCGAGGCAAUAACAAGCUUAACCGAGACGUCAUCAUCAAGACUGUCGCCGAUGUUGUUGGUCCCGAACAUCCAGUUAACCUCAAAAACUAUGACCUCAUGAUCUUGGUCGACGUUGUUCAGAACGUGAUCGGAAUGAGUGUUGUGGGAAGCGAUUAUGACCAAUUGAAGCGAUUCAAUGUUGCUGAAAUCUACGACCCUUCACCAAAGGGAGUUGAUACGCCAGCCAAGGAGAAAGAGAUGACAGCCUAA